AGGCAACAUGUACAAUCGUUCCUUGCACCGAUCCCUUGCGCUAGCCGCGAGUGUCACGGUGACCGGCGCUUUCGCGGCCCGUGUGUACCGGCAGCAAGAAGAGGAAGAGGAAGCCGGCCGUCCCGCUUCCCUUCAACAUCACCACAACUCCCUCCUUCUGCAGUCCCCCGCUCCCUUGACCAAGCAUAUCCACGAGCCAGUCCCUUGUCUACCGUCCUUCUUCCUCUCCCCCCGCCCACCUGCGGCUUGUGCUGCUGCCCCUGCUCCCGGCCUCCCGGCCGGCAUCCCAGAAUUUCACCAGGUCCCGCAACCCGCCACCGACCCUGCGGACACCGACUCCAUCGUCUUUCGGAUGCAAAAGUACUUCACCACCGCUUCUCUUGAGGAAGUGGCCAAGUUCAAGAAGGAGAAGGCCGGGGUAAAGAUUUACACCGUGAAGGAAGGGUCGAUCCCAGACCCUGCCAUUGGCGGGCGCAAGACCGGAUUGCCCGUGGCUCGGAUUGGGGAGGCGGUGAUCAAUGCUCCUUUGGAACAGGUUGCAACCUUGUGGUGGGUCUUUAACGGGCGGAUUUUGUGGGACAAGGUGAACACCCUGGCUUCCGAAGUGGUGGAAGAGUACAAGAACGCUCGGCUGGUGUACAUCAAGGGCACCCCCAAGCCGAUGAUCAGCUCCAGGGAUUUUGUCUUCGUCAGUCACAAAGUGCCUGCCGGCGACUUGGGUGGCUCUUUCGGAGCCCAAGCAUUUGUGCAGACCAACGCAGCGAACACACUUCCUGAAAACAGCGGGGCCGUACGUGGGAAUAUCAACAGCAUCAUCCUCUUGGAACCCGUGGAUGGGUACACCACACGUGUGCGCUACGUGUGCGAGAUCGAACCCAAAGGAUGGCUGCCCACCAUGGCGGUGGAAGCGGCGGCCGACGACUUACCCGGUGUUUUGGGCGUGAUGAAGGCGCAUCUUGAAUCUGAAGCGACGGGUGGGAAGGAAGGGAGAAGGAGAGGGAGGGCAGAUUCGCGCGUGUAG